AACAUUUUCCUCAAAUGACCACCCUUAUAAUUUUCUAUAUAAACCCAUAUACAAGUGUCUAGUUUCCUCAUCCCAUACAUUAUAUAGCUUGCUUUAACAUACUCCAAAAUGUCUUCUUUCGGACCAAUCUUUGCCAUACUCAUGGCACUUGCUUGUAUGUCAAGCACCCUAGUUGUGGCUCAAAACUGUGGAUGUGCCUCUAAUUUAUGUUGUAGCCAAUUUGGUUUCUGUGGCUCCACAGACGCCUACUGCGGCGAGGGGUGCAGAGAAGGUCCUUGUAGAUCACCGUCUAGUGGUGGUGGUUCCGUGUCGAGUUUGGUGACCGAUGCGUUCUUUAAUAGGAUCAUUAACCAAGCUAGCGCUAGCUGUGCUGGUAAGAGAUUCUACACCAGGGCUGCUUUUUUGAGUGCUCUCAGAUUUUAUCCCCAGUUUGGCAGUGGAUCCUCCGAUGUCGUUAAGCGUGAAGUUGCUGCAUUCUUUGCCCAUGUCACCCAUGAAACUGGACAUUUUUGCUACAUAGAGGAGAUUGCAAAGUCAACCUAUUGUCAGUCAAGUGCAGCAUUUCCAUGCAACCCAAGUAAGCAAUACUACGGAAGGGGGCCUCUUCAGAUCACAUGGAAUUAUAACUACAUACCAGCUGGUCGAAGCAUUGGAUUUGAUGGUCUGAAUGCACCAGAAACAGUUGCCAACAAUGCCGUGACUGCAUUCCGGACAGCCUUCUGGUUUUGGAUGAACAAUGUCCACUCUGUUAUCGUCAAUGGCCAAGGGUUCGGGGCCAGCAUUCGAGCUAUCAAUGGAAUCGAAUGUAAUGGUGGUAACUCUGCUGCUGUUACUGCUCGUGUUGGGUACUAUACUCAGUAUUGUCAACAGCUUGGCGUUUCGCCAGGGAAUAACCUCCGUUGCUAGUCAAAUGGCUGGUUUUCCUGGUCAGAAUUCACAAGGCUUAGUCAAAAGAAAAUAAAGAGAAUUAUGUAAACUGUUCAUUUCUCAUGUAACUUGCUACUUUGGACAAGCAUUAAGUUGGUUACGAGGCUUUAUCCAUAAAGGAAUGAAAAAUAUUAUUUAUAUUUUGUCUCAA